UGUAAAGAAUGAGUCACCCUCCACCGACGCCCCUCAAGCCCUGUGGGCGGGGCAGAAAGGAGGCUGUGGGUGGAGCUAAAGGGCAUGUUUGUUAAUCUGUUUCUUGAUGACCCUGAUGUGUGUUGCUGGAGCAUUUUGACCUCCUGGAACUAAAGGGUGAACAGCUGACCAACAUCCUUCUGAGCAGACUUAAGCUGCAGCGGAGCAGGAUGAAGGAGCAGGAGAACGGAGGACGAGGGAAGGCUGGCAGCAGGAAGGAGGAAGAUCAGAGCUGGAUCCCAAAGGUCAUCAAGAAGAGGAUCUGCUCCACGUUCGUAGAAGACUCCUCCAGUAACGGGGCGUUGUGUCAGUGUGGUGGCGUGCGUGAGCAGCAUGGCUCGGUGGCUACAGGAGAUUUCUUUGGAGCGGCGAUCGUCACUCAGUGGGACAGCAGACAGCACUCCUCUGAGGGUCCCACUGACGCCUACGGGGAGCUGGAGUUCGCCGGCGUUGGACGCAGACACAGCCAUUUUCUCCGUCUGUCAUGUGACACGCCCCCUCAGAUCGUCUACAACCUGAUGACGCAGCGCUGGGGGCUCCCCUCCCCCAACCUGGUGGUGUCUGUGGUGGGGGGGGAGGGCCCGGAGAAGAUCAAACCGUGGGUGAGAGACGUCAUCAGGAACGGACUGGUGAGAGCUGCGCAGAGCACAGGUGCGUGGAUCCUGACGGGGGGUCUGAGGGAGGGCGUGGCCCGCUGUGUGUGCGAGGCAGUGAGGGACCAUGGGGCGGCGGCUCCGGCUCUGACCCAGAAGAAGGUGAUCGCACUGGGCGUGGCUCCGUGGGGGCUGGUCCAUAACAGACAGCAGCUCGUCAACGCUCAGGGCAGCUUUCCUGCUCGUUACCACGUCCAGGACACGUCUCAUGACUCCUGCUGUCUGGAUAAUAACUGUCAGGCGUUCCUCCUGGUGGAUGAUGGGAGUGUUGGCCGGCGGGGUGGAGAGACCGGCUUCAGGGCCAGCCUGGAGGACUACAUUUCCCAUCAGCGCACUGGCAUCUGGGGAAGUGGCAGUAUAGAGAUCCCCGUGCUCUGUAUGCUGAUCUCAGGAGAUUCCAGCAUGCUGGAGAGGUUAGACUCCUCCCUCAGGAAACAGACCCCUUGGUUGGUCCUGUCUGGUUCUGGUCCGGCUGCAGACUUCAUCAGUGAGCUGCUGACUGACGUCUCCCCCUCCUCCCCCCCCGCAGAGGGGGAGGCUGCUGAGGGCCUCAGCACGGAGCUCCGCGACAGAGUCCGUGACAGGCUGCGGAGAUACUUCACUGCCGAGACUGAGAUGGAGAGACUGCUGGACAAAGCUCUGAGUAUCUUCCAGCACAGAGAUCUCAUCACGGUGUUUCAUGGCGCUCAGGAGUCUUCAGAGGAGUUUGAUACAGUUCUUCUCAAAGCUCUGGUUGGAGCCAGUAAACGAGUGUCCAGUGAAGCCAGCGAGUACACCGACGAGCUCAAAUUGGCCGUGGCGUGGAACAGAGUGGACAUCGCCAAGACGGAGUUGUUCAACGGAGCCAUCCAGUGGAAGUAUGAGGACCUGGAGGACUUGAUGACAGACGCCCUGAUAAAUGACAAACCGACGUUUGUGCGUCUGUUCUGUGAGAACGGUCUGAACAUCGUGGACUACCUGUCUUACGGCCGUCUGGAGAGUCUGUACCGCUCUCUGUCUGACAGCUCGCUCGCCUACAUCCUGCUGCAGAGACGUCUGAGCGAGCGGCAGGACCUCGCCGGGACGCUGCCUCGCCUGGACCCUGUGACAUCACCGCUCAAAAGUCCACAGAGCGCGCUCAGUGGCACCGCCUCCGCCAUGGAGCUGAACCUGUACGAGGUGUCUCGGCUGCUGUGGGACCUGCUGGGUGACGUCUGUCAGCCUUUCUAUUACGGACCUCUGGGCCUGGACCACAACACCAGCACCAGGAGGGCUCUGAAGCACGUCAACAAGAUGCUUCUUGGGGAGUGUCUGUACCGGGACCGGCGCUGCCUGACCCCCUGGUCCGCCCUCUUCAUCUGGGCCGUGCUGCAGAACCGUAGCGAGAUGGCGAUUUACUUCUGGGAGAUGGCGGGGGAGUCGGUGCUGAGCGCUCUGUCUGGCUGUAAGAUACUCAGAGAACUCUCUCGGCUGGAGAUUGAGACGGAGAACAAAGUGUCCAUGAAGGAGCUCGCUCAGAGGUUUGAAGACCUCGCACAAGAUGUGUUUGGAGAGUGUUACCAGAACAGUGAGAGCCGCUCCUUCACUCUCCUUAUAAGGACGUCUCCGGUGUGGGGCGGAGCUACUUGUCUACAGAUGGCCACAGCAGCAGACGCCCGCCUGUUCUUCAGCCAUGAUGGCGUUCAGUCUCUGCUGUCUCAGAUCUGGUGGGGCGACAUGGAGCGCAGCACGGAGGUCUGGAAGCUGGUCCUCACCUUCUUCCUGCCCCCCCUCCUCUACACCAAGCUCAUCAGCUUCAGGGAGCAGGAGGAGGAGGUGAAGUCUGUGGAGUUCAAUCAGUACAGAGACACAGACAGUCUAGAGGGAAACGACGCCACGGUCUGCUCCUUCGCCGACAUCACACAGAAUGAAGAAGAAGCUGAGGAGCUCAGAGCUCUGAAAGAAAACCUGAAAGAGCCUUCACCUUCAAACUCAAAGAGGCCGUUCAUCUUGUCGCGGUGGAGACAGUUCUGGUUUGCUCCCGUCACCUCCUUCCUAGGGAAUGUGCUCAUGUACUUCCUGUUCCUCUGCCUAUUUGCAUACGUUCUGCUGGUGGACUUCAAGCCCCCGCCCCCCAAAGGUCCGUCCACCCUGGAGUUUGUGCUCUACUUCUGGGUCUUCACCUUGGUGUGUGAAGAGAUCAGACAGACGUUCUUCAUGGGCAGCAACUUCGUGAUCCAAAGUAUGAAGAACUACAUCCAGGAUGUCUGGAACAAAUUUGACUUCACUGCCAUCUCUCUCUUCAUGCUCGCUCUCUGCUGCAGGAUGUUCCCCGAGUCGUACGAGUUCGGUCGGGCUGUGAUGGCCAUCGACUUCUUGGUCUUUACUCUUCGCCUGAUCCACAUCUUCGCCAUCCACAAACAGCUGGGACCAAAGAUCAUCAUCGUGGGCAAGAUGAUGAAGGACGUCUUCUUCUUCCUCUUCUUCCUCGCCGUGUGGCUCAUGGCGUACGGAGUAGCCAAUCAGGCGCUCCUCUACCCAUACGACCCGCGUCCCAACUGGAUAUUCCGGCGAGUCUUCUACAGACCGUACCUGCACAUCUUUGGACAGAUUCCAAUAGACGAGAUGGACGCUGAUAAACGGGAGGAGAACAAAUGUACCAACAACGCCACACUGAUCGAGGCCGGAGAGGAGCCGUGUAUGAGCACGUACGCUAACUGGCUGGUGGUCAUCCUGCUGGUCAUCUACCUGCUGUUCACCAACAUCGUGCUGGUCAACCUGCUCAUCGCCAUGUUCAGCUACACCUUCUCUAAGGUCCAGGGGCGCAGUGACACCUACUGGAAGUUUCAGCGCUACAACCUGAUCGUGGAGUACCACUCGAGGCCCUGCUUAGCCCCGCCCUUCAUCAUCAUCUCACACCUCCACCUGGUCGUAAAGAGAUACGUCCGACAGAUCCCCUCGGUCAAGAGCAAACACUUUGUCCUGGAGCUGCGCGGCAGGAAGGCGAGCCGGCUCAACACGUGGGAGGUGAUCCAGAAAGAAAACCUGCUGUCAGCUCAGAACAAGAGAGUGAGAGAGAGCGACACGGCCCGACUCAAAAACACAUCCACCAAGGUGGACAGCGUGCUGAGGCAGAUGUCAGAGAUCCGUGACCACGACCUAAGGCUGCGCCUGUUGGAGUCUGAGUUGGAGUACUGCUGCAGCGCCCUCUGCUGGAUGACAGAGGCUCUGUCUCUGAGCGGUCUGUUAAAAACUGAUCGCCCCCCCCCUCCUCUCCCCCCCUCUGCUCAGAGGUGAAGUCCACUGAAAACUUUUCUUAACAUUAAAAAAAGUUAAUUUGUGAUUCAGAAGUUUAAAUUAUGUAAACUGUUUUCUUCUUCUGUAGUAUAUCUGACAGCUCUGUCUCCAAGCUGAGUCUUUGAACUCCUGAAUGAAUACACACGCGUGUACGUCAUCACGUUAGGUAGUCGGGGAUUUUCCCAAUAACCUCCGAGUUCUUUGGCUUUUAAUCCAAUAGACUAAUUUAAAUGUUCCGUUAACACUCGACCUCUGCAUCGGACGGCAACGCAUCGCAUCUAUGUGUAAAAUGACUGUCGAGUUGUGAUCCCGUGCGUGAGCGGUGACAUAACCUUUUCAAACUGAACCUGUUCAAGCUGCUGUAAACACGUGAACCAAAGACACAAACUGCUGCGCUCUUCACAGCUUUAGAUUGCUUUGGGUCGCGCUUCAUCAGUGUGCCGCUGUUUCCAGUGACAAAGCUCUAAACAACCUUCCACACAGCGACACUUUUAACAGCUAAAGACACGGGAGAUAUUUCUCUGAGGAGCCGGUGGAGACCAAACACAGAGCCUAGAGGAUCUCACUUAAAGCCAUCAAGACCAGAAAGAGCUGGAUAACAUCUUCCAUCUCUUCAUUCAAAGGAAUAAAAACAGUAAAAUUCUGACAAACACACCUGGAUAGAGAUGUGACAUAUUUUGUAGUUUGUUCCACUCUGUGAAGAACCAGGAAUACAUUUAAUUUGCAAUGUCUUAAUAAAAGGAUUUACAUGAUA